UUGCCAGAGCUCGAGAUGGAGUUCAGCGAAGAACGAUACUAUAAAAUCAACAAGAUUCUUCUCAGCAACCUCGGACUCUGGCCACAUCGAAGGACGAGAUGCGCGCGAGUUAAACCGAUACUCAUUCACGCUACAUUCAUCUACUAUAUAUUUGUUCAGCUAUGCACACUGAUCAGCUCGGAAUGCAAUAUGAACCUGCUUCUUAAGGUGCUCUCGAGCAUUUUUCCCACUAUCAUCUACACAUUAAAGUACAGUACUUAUUACGUUAAAGCCACGAAAAUCCAGCUACUGAUGGAGGUAGUGCGAAAAGAUUGGAAGGAAUUUCGACGACAAAACGACAAGAGAGAAAUUGAGAUAUUGCACAAAUAUGCUCGUACGAUACAUACUUACACGAUCGUUUUUAUACUAGCAGUUUUUAUCGGCAAUUCUGCCUUUGAAUUUCUGGAAGCCUUUCCCAUUAUAUUCGAUUGGCUUAUGCCACUUAACGAAUCCCGACCACGCCGUGUGACCGUGUUAGUCGAAUACUUCAUCGAUUCUGAAAGGUACUUUCCUCUUAUACUGCUGCACGAGUUCAUAGCUGUCCUACUAGGAUCUUUUACUGUUGUGUCUACUGGAACGAUAACUCUGAUCUAUAUGGAGCACGCUUGUGCGAUGCUGAAAAUCGUCAGUUUCCGUAUAGAACACGCGUUAGAAAAAAGUGUCCUGCAAUACUCCGUCGCGCAGACCGAACGAAUAAUAUACUGCAAGAUAAUUCGCGCCGUGGAUUUGCAUCGGAGAGCCAUCAAAUUCUUCGAUUUAAUUCUGUCAAAUUUUUCCACGUCAUAUUGUAUCAUGAUUAUUGUUGGUGUUGCUUCCAUAAGUCUUAAUUUAUGUCGCCUACUUCAACUGGCCGACAUAAAGGACUUAGCAGAUUUAUUCACAAUUAUCACGCUCUUGCUCAUUCACUUUGUUUACAUGUUUAUAGCGAAUUACGUGGGACAAAUAAUAACUGACCACAGCGAAGAUAUUUUUAAUACUACAUGCAACAUUUUGUGGUAUACCGCUCCGUUACAGUCGCAAAAGAUGCUACUGUUUCUAAUGCAUAGAACGAUAAAACUAGUGAAGCCAGUUGUCGGCAAGAUGUUUGUGGCAUCAUUGGAAGGCUUCGCCACGGUAAUGUACACACAUUAAAGAGAAACAAUGCUUAUAAAUUGCUCAAAAUUAAAAAUUUAUCGCAAACGAUUAAAUUUUCAUUGAAAGCUCAGCUUUCGCAAUAAAUUUGCAUAAUUCACGAUUUACGCGCCAUUGUAUCUAUUGUUAUCCUGACUAUUAUUGAUAUUAUUUCAGCUGUCCACCAAGUCGCUAUCUUACUUCACGGUAAUUUAUUCUCUGCAAUAACGAUAAGACACAUCGCGCUGGCAUUUAUUUACAGUCACUGUACGAGAAGAGAUUCGCAUGCUAGUAGUGAGACAUCAAAGAAAGAUUCUCGUAUAUAUCAAAUUGUCAGAUGCACUAUCGUUUAUUAACAUUAAUCGCCCAUUAUAGUUUCAUGCAAAUAAAACCGGAAUAUACCGGAAAGACGUCUGUAUAACACGUCACGCAUAUACAUAGUGAGAGAAAACUAUCUCGAUCUGAAGACAGUCAUCAAGAUACCUCACAUCUUCCGUUGAAAGUGUCUUCGCUCUUUCGAGACAAACAAUUCGAGUCGACGAAGGAACGAGGUGAACUGCACUCGCGCAAAAGUGCACCAAACUGCGCAAGUCCGAAAUACGAGAAUUGCAAAAUGCAUUUUUAUUUUAUUCGCCCACAGUCAACUUCACAACUCGCAAUUAGAUGGAUCGGGGGAAACAACGUGCGUAACACUAACUAGAGAACGCGUAACUGUGUAAAAUUAUGUGUAUAAUUAAACCAAAGAUAUUCCCAAUUGGUCCUACAAAUUUAAUAUUCGACGUUGAAUAUUUUAUUAUUCUCACUACAUAUUGCACACAAACAUACGAAUCUAACAAUGCAUUGGGAAGACUAUGAUGCCACUUUCAAUAUAUAUAUAUAUAUAUAUAAAAUGAUAAAUUAUUCUUCUCCGUUUCUUCUAUCUCACUAUUUUUUACGAUUAAUCGACGAAAGAUAUAACAUACACGUCAUUUUGUAUAGCAACGACGAGACUAAUAAAUCACAUUAAUCGCUAGUCGAACGACAAACUUUAUUUUACUCUACCAAAGCUAAACUUAUAUUUGUUAAUUACUUUCGUAUGACUGAUGCGUCUAGAUGCGUUUAAAGAAUGCACGACAUGACGCAUCUCUGCCUGAUGAAUCCACUCUGCCAGUGCCGAGGAUAAAAGUCCGAAAUACUGACACGCUGCACGACUAGCUGCGUAAAAACUGUUGCCCAUGCGCGUAGAAAUAAACAUAGCAAAAUAUAUCCUCGCAGGAGAUAUCGUUCAAUGUGAAUUAGGAAGGGGAAGUAUUCCUCACAUCCCGUGAGAAAAGCGUAAUUGCAUCGCCAUUUUUUUCAUUAUGUCGCGCAUAGAUAAUGGAUACUAUUGAAUCGUUUGAUAUCAAGGGAUAAGAUUUCGUCCCCUCGCGUAAUUCUCAAAAUUGGCUAAAUUAUGGUCAUUAUUUAACUAUUUCCCGGUAAUGUCUUUUCGCGAAAUUUCCCCAUGAAAAGUGCUUGAAGUAUCGCAAAGGUAAUAUUUAAUGAGGGCUAUAGGUGGUAGUAAAGCGACGUUUUUUCUCCGAGACACUUGUUCUUUUCAUUCACUCAUAGAUUCUCG